GGACCAGUCCGGGGCUGAGCCUCGCAUGCCGGCGGGUCCCACUGCGAGGCGAAAGGGGCGCCCGGAGGAUGCAGCCCUCGGUCCCGCCCUCCGCCCCCGCCCUCAGCGACCCUUUGGCCAUGCUGGACCCCGCAGCACACUUUGCAAAAAGAAAGAAAACAUCUCUUUGGUUUACCAUUUCUCUUUUGGUGGUGUCAGUUUUCAUACUGACCAUAGGCCUUGCAGCUACUACAAGAACAGAAAAUGUAUCCGUAGGUGGCUACUAUCCAGGAAUAAUUCUUGGCUUUGGAUCUUUCCUAGGGAUCAUCGGUAUCCAUCUGGUAGAGAACCGGAAGCAAAUGCUGAUAGCAUCCAUUGUGUUCAUCAGCUUUGGAGUGGUGGCAGCCUUCUGUUGUGCUAUUGUUGAUGGUGUGUUUGCAGCACGGCACAUAGAGCCUAGACCUUUAUAUAAUAAGAGAUGCCAGUAUUACUCAAGCGGAGUAGGAUUCCUAUAUGAUGUCUACCAGACAGAGGUGACAUGUUACACCUUAAACAGCAAGUGUCUGCUGAAAGUGAAGAGCAACACAUGCUACUGUUGUGAUUUGUACAACUGUGAAAACUCUGAACAUGCAACCAGCUACUAUGAGUUCCUUGGUGUGAAUAGCUGUCAGGAUGUGGUUCACUUGUAUCGUCUGCUCUGGUCUUCUACUGUCUUGAACAUCAUUGGAUUGUUUCUUGGCAUAGUCACAGCAGCCAUACUUGGGGCGUUUAAAGAUGUGGUACCCGUUCCCCAUGUUACCUUCAACUCUGCUCCACUGCCGCAGAUUCUUUAUAACCCAGCUCAGCAGAUUUUAACAUACGCUGGAUUUUGUCCUUCUGCGGCAGCUGUUCCUCAUUAUUCCUCCUAUCACUUACCCCUUCAGCCUACCAGCAAUUUCCCAACAUCCUCAUCUACUGAUAUAUCCUUAUCUGACGACACCCUGCCUCCAUCACAAACAAGCUCUUCCUAUGGCCUUCCUCCCAAUGCCCCUCCAUUGUACACACCCACCUAUUUCCUAUCAGGUGAAAAGCCUCCACCAUACAUCCCUUAGUGAUGAGAUUGUCAUGAGAUAGUCAGUUUAAAAGAAAAAGACACCUGGUAAAACUCUGUGCUGACUUUCAAAAAUCCCAUUUUGUUUGGCAUAGUAUCUCUCUACUUUAACUCAAAAUAAUGGUUAACAGAAAACAUAACUGCUAGUGGAGUCCAUCAAAUAUUGCAUAGAGUGUUAUCAUUUCAGUGAUUAUGCUCCCAGACCACAAUCUGAACACAUGUAACCAAAAGAAAAAGAAUACAGGAGGCCUACGAUUCAGAGAAAGUCAGACACUAGCAAGGCAAUGGCUGCAUUCAAAUGUAUCAAAACAGUGGUUUAUCAAUACUGCAACUACUCUUCACUUUUCCUCUUGACAUUUCAUUGAAUGAAAUUUUGAAAAUGUUUUGGUUCAAGUAAGAGUACAGAAUGUCUUUCAACCCAAGGAAUAGACUGAAUUCCAGAUAAAGUUUGGGGUUUUUUUUGGUAAGGGGAAGAGCUGCUUUCUAGUAGUGAGUAAAGCCAAAGGCAAAAUGAUCUCACCAAAAAAUACCAGCAACAUUUCAGUUGAAAGCUCUUACGGCCAAAACCAAGCAUUUCAGCCAUUCAAAAUGGAGCAGUGGUGAGGAAGUGGGUAGAUGCAAAAGCUGGGAAACCAUUCAACAACGCUGUCAUGCUGCCAUCUGUGGAAACUCACAGAAACAGAGCAGAUCACAGGAUGGCCAACUUCAGUUCCCAAGUAUGUGGUUCCCCACUUCUGCAGUAGAUCAUACUUAACAGUAACUUCACUUUACCUGAGAUCAGGCAUAAUGCUAACCUUUGAAGUGGGGUGGGGUGGGGAGUACAACAAGCAUGUAUGACCCUCAGGCUGCAAAUUACAUUUUGUAAAGAGUAAGGAGGUAUCGGGCCCAUCAUCACCCCCAUGUUCCAGAUUCCAUUGUGGGCUACACAUCCCUUGCUAUAUAGCCAAUUUCAUUUUUUCACUUACAGUUGCGGCGGCGGUGGGGGGGGGACGGGGACACAAAGCUUUUGUUCUUAUGCACCAUGUUGUAACAAUAACAUUUAUGUUUUUUUAAUUUUUUUUAGUUUUCACACUCUUACACCUGUAGGUAACAUGAGGCCCAUGACUGGAAUUUUGCCCAUCCCCUCCUGGUAAUAAACUCAGUUAAAUGUUACAUCCACAUGCAUCCAUUGACUGUGACCAUUGGUUUGUGGCAAACACUAAUGUACAUUAGCAUCUAUUUUAUUUAUUUAUUUAUUUAUUUAUUCAUAUGUAUGAUAUGAAGGGAAGGAAUGGCAAGCUCCAUCAAGAAAGACUAGUAAAUAUUAUGUAUAUAUAUGUAUAUGUAUAUGAGAGAUAUUCAGUUCAUUGGCCAGUAAAAUGAGCCACUCCAUCUGUGGGUACAGGGACUCCUAGGGACAAUCUACACUGACCAAUUAAUGCAGUUUGAAGGCAGCUUGAUCGUGUGGUGUUUAGAUGAAACAUUCCACAAAUGAGCACAUCAAUGUACAUGAAGAGCUUUGAAUUGGGAUAGGCAAAGUUGGGAUCCUCAAAAAUAUAGCCCAUAAAGCAUAUCAGCGCACCUAAGUGUAAACCACAUUGCAUGGUGAAACCAAUUCAGAGACAGGUACUCUAGCGAUCCUCAUAUCUACAUUGGAGUAGGGACAUUUAAACAAAACGCCUGAAUCUUCCAUAGCCAUGAAGCUGUGAAUACUGUAGAUCCUGGAACCGGUUUGAGGCCAGUCUCUGUGUUGCAUAUAACCACCAUCCAGGCCUCAAACUGAUUCUAGGACUUUACAUGGACUCAUCCACAUAGUGAAAUUGCUUUCUUUACUGGCUUCAUAUUGACCUAAGUGGUCAAUGUCGAUAUCCCCUUAAUUUCAUUUUCUUAUAUAUAACAGGCAGUUGGGUAUUUUCCUUCCUGUUCUGAACCUAAAUUGUGAUGUACUCACAAAUAACCAGCUUAGUGAGGGAAAGAAGCUUUUCUUCUUAGUAUUCAUUUAAUAUCUUCUUUUGGGUGAAGAUAUCUUCCAAAAGAGUGUGACAAUUAUUUUACAAUAAAAUAUACUGUGUGUAAUAUAUGUAAUAGUAUUUUUGGUCCAUGCAUGUUGCAGAAAAGAGAGACAAGAAAAUCCGGUUUACUCUAAAGAGCCCCCACUUCCAGAAGAGAAGUAUUGAAGGAUCAGAAUAUUUAAAGAGAGAGUUGGAUUUAGUCUCUUAUCUAAAUGGUUGGUGCUGUAUUGUACUUAAUAAUAUUGAAAAUAAAGCUAUCUUUUCCAUAUGCUACUAA